GGUGUUACUAAAAUAUAUUAAAAUAUUACGUGAAUUGGGCCGAAAAGUAGAAAAACACUUGUACAUUUUUGUCCAUAUAACAUUUUCUAUAAUUCCAAAUGGAUGAAGAGGGAGAGAAUAUUUUAUUAGAAGAUAAUUAUUAUCAAUUAUUAAAUGUAUCAAAGACGGCCACACCAGAGGAAAUAAAUAGUGCAUAUCGUCGAUUUUCGCGUAUGUUCCAUCCCGAUAAACACAGCACUGAUCCAAAUAAGCAAAAAUGGGCUGAACAAAUAUUCAACAAAAUUAAAGAAGCAUAUGAAGUAUUAUCAGAUUCACACAAGAGAGCUAUCUAUGAUACUCUAGGAAAACGAGGCUUGGAGGUAGAUGGUUGGGAAGUUAUUUUCCGCACGCGAACUCCUAGAGAAAUAAGAGAAGAAUAUGAAAGAUUAAAACGUGAAAGGGAGGAGCGACGAUUACAACAGAGUGCAAAUCCUCGGGGAACAAUUACUUUGUCCGUUAAUGCUACUGAUCUUUUUAUGAAAUAUUAUGAUGAAUAUGAAAUUAUGGAAGAAACUACUAUCAUACCAAGCAUUGAAGUGUCGGGCAUGACUAUACAACAAUCUAUUGAUGCACCCGUGACCCUGAGGAAUACUAUGACUCUUUCAGGGAAUAUUUCAACUCAGAAUGGGAUAGGAACUGGUUCUGUUAAUAUUUGUAAUCGUCACUUGAGUUCAGAAAAGGGUUGGACAGAAGUAGAAAUGGGGAUUGGAAAUGGCCCUCUUCUAGGUUUUAAAAUAUUCCGAACAUUGUCCCGAUUAAUGUUCUUGAACUGUGGCACUGUUUUGCAAUUCACACCCAGAGGAAUAUCACCAAGUCUAGUAUCAACUAUGGCUCUACAGUUAGAUACACAUUCUGUGGGCUACUUGACAUAUCGUGCGGGUGGACAAGGUGGUUCUUCCAUGACCUCUAUAUAUGUUCGUGAUUCUGAGAAAUACCACUCUAAUACAGCUGUCCAAAUUGGCAACCCACAUUCCUUCAUAUCCUUCAACAUAAUGAGAAAGCUACCCCAGCAUGAUAUGAAGCUGAGGUUAGCUUUGAAAUUCGGCACUUUUGGUGCUAUAGCUGAAUAUGGAGCCGAAAAAAAAGUUUCACAAAACAGCAGUGUCUCAGCUGCAGUCAUGCUGGGUGUUCCUAGUGGGGUAAUGCUCAAAUUAAAAUGGACAUGCUCGUCACAAACUGUAGUUGUACCCAUACAUUUAUGUGAGGAAGUGAUGCCUUCGCCUGUGUUCUACGCGACAGUCAUUCCUCUGGUGUCAUGGCUUGUGUUGAAGAAAUUAGUCCUCGAUCCCAUCGCUAGAGAAAGACAGGAGAGAGAACGCCAGAGGUCUAUGGAGGCAAACUUUGAAAGAUUGCAGGAAAUGCAGCGUCAAGCUAGAGCGACUAUCGAGCUGAUGAGAGAAACUUACUCUCGUAUCAGAAGCGAUGAGGAGAAGAAGAAGGGCUUAGUUAUUAUUAAAGCAGUCUAUGGCAAACUACCGUCAGGUGCUUCUAGUCAUGAGAUCGUCGCGGAACAAACCGGCGAUACAGUUUCAUCACCGGAGUCGCCGAGCUUAUACAGUGAAGUGAUUGAUGUCACUAUUCCUAUACAAUGUCUAGUGAAAGACUCGCGUCUAGAGCUCUUGGAGGCUAGCAAGUCUGAAUUGCCAGGCUUCUACGAUCCUUGCGUGGGCGAGGAUAAACACUUGACAAUUCAAUACAUGUUCCAUAAUAAUCUACAUAGUUGCACCGUAUCUGACGUGGAAGCUGUGAUUCUACCACGUAACAAUCAUAGAAUAAAGAAUCGUUCCUGAAAUUCAUCACAAAGGCGGGGUUUACUUCCACGACGCGAAAACGGCCACCACCUUAAAAAAUAGAUAGACGCCUUAACUGUCGAAUACUUUUCGAUAUAAUUGAUAUAGAGGAAUUCAGAAAACAGUUCUAACCUAGGCAGCUAGAACAUUCCAUUGUAUGAUGAACAUCAGUAAUUAAUUGGUCCUUCUAGACGAUACCUGUACCGUCAGCAAGAAACAUGGAGUGCGAAUCGAAUAAUAUCGAGAGAACGUCUAAUUUUCGUAUUCAAAAUUACAGUUCCCUUUUCUAUGUCAUACUAUGACCGUGCUAUUAACGUAUCAAGCACGAAAUAAACGUUCUAAUCGUAAAAAAACUUUUUUUGUUUUGAAUUAAGAAAAUAUAAAACAGAAAACUAGUCUAGUCUUUAUUCAAUACAAAGAAUAUGUUUUUAAACUAGUACGUUCCUAUUCCGGUCAUGGUAAGAUGCGUUAUAACGACUUUACUGCGGUAGGAAUGUAAAAUAACAGUAAGUACGAAAUAUGACAUGUGCUUGAAAUUUGAUCCGUACUAAGUAGUUUUCAUGCUAAGCUCAAUGUUGGAUGUUUAUAUAUUUAAAAUUACAAACUCAUUUGUGGGUAGUAGAAAAAAUUACUGCCUGGAAUUUCAAUUCUAAAAAUAUUAUAUACAAAAUUACAGUUAUAAUGUUAUAAAUUAUUUUAUGAUACAUUUAUUGUAAACAGUUAAUUUUAAUUUAGUAGGUGUUUUGUGAAAACUGAUAUAUAUAUAUGUACUGCCAUCAAUUAUUUGUGAAUUAUUUUAAUUAAUUAUGAAAUAUGUUUAUGCUGUUUUUCUAUUUUAUUUUGUUCUCGUAAAUUUAUAAAAAUCUAUAUGUAGUUGUCUAUAAAGAAUAUUGUUAUCAUUUGUGACUGGGCAUUAGAGAAAUAGUUAUUGGACCAUUCAAGAGAGUUAUGAAAAUGCUAGCAAUUGAAAUAAAACUAUAUUUGAAUUG